UCGUCGUACCGUUCGCGUCGCGUUUCCCAGCGAUCGUAGCGAAACGUGUUUCACGCGAAAACUUUGCACACAAAAUUUGUCACACAAAUCUAAAUUCAUUUCUAUUCAUAUUUAAUUAACAACUUUAAAAACAAAAUUAAUUUAUUUGUGUGGAGUGGAAGCAGUAUCACGUAUUGAUUAAUUUUUGUGUGAUCAGAUCAAUUUUUGUUAUGAAAGAUGCGAUUUUCUUGGGCUGCAAACAAUGAGCGAUAUUUUAUGGCUUGCGGCGGCGAGGAUAGCACGAUGCGACUGCAUCAGGAUGUGUGAUUCAUCGGCGCCGACAUGUGGCGGUUCAGCGACGAUGGCGGCGACGGUGGCGGCAGCGUCUACCCUACCUUAGCCAUUUUCCUCUUAGUUUUCAUCUCGCUCGCAUCGCAAACUCCGAUUACUAGCGCUGAUGGACGGAUACCAGGGGUUGAGAUUACGAUGCCGCCGUCGCAUACGGCUCUCAGCGGCGACUUGCACAUACAGAUCGCCGCCUCCUCGUUCCCGCCACUGCUCCUGCAGCUCUCGCGGUUGGAGGGCGAGACAAUUCAAGCAUUAACCACUUUUCCCGUCUUGCCCGAAGCGAGGGCCCUUGCACUCAACACCACCAUAGUAACAAUUCCCUGUGGGUAUUUCUCAAAAGGUGGCCAGUACUAUGUAUUAUUCAAGAAACAAGGUCAACAAGCACUCAACUUCAACUAUGGAAACAAUACGGGCACAACUAUGUCAACCACUACUUUCAGCAGUGCGGAAGAGGAAGAGGAAGACGUUGGGCGUCAUCAAGACGACGAGAUAGUGACGCGUGCGUUAGACGUGCGGUGGCCAAUGCCGCAGCUCUCGCUCACGCCUGAGUACGUGCAGACAUACCCGGAGCGACCGGUGAUGGCCAUCCUGGAGUUCCCGGAGGUCAUCUGCCCGCCAAUGGCCGACAGCCCCCCGGCGGCCAUUCCGGAGUUUUGGCUGGAACUGCACUACUGCGGACACUCGCUGCUCACCUGUGACGACAACAAUAACUAUGGUGAUAAUAGGACCAACGCUAAUGUUCAAGUGUUGUACUCGGAACAGGUGCGAGGUUUUCCAGGCCGAAGGGUUUUAACACUGCGCUGCGAGCUGUUCGGACUCGCAGGACACUACUCGCUCGUCCUGCGCCCAACCACGCCGACACCCUCCAUACCUCACACGGCUGCGUAUGUCAAGGCUGAUUGGAGUGACCAAUUUGUGUUCAACGUGCACGCGCGCAGCAUUUUCCCCUGCGAAACGCACACCGGCAUCCCGGUCCUCUUCCAAUAUCCUUCCUGCAUAUUAUCCUCGGGUGAUCGAGUGCGGUUGUACGCCCGCCUUCGAGAUAACGUCGCCUCGCUUGCACCUCCAACCAGCUUGGAGUAUGUGGUCGAACAACGUGUCACCCGUGGUCAGCAUAGUCUCUACUUCGAUUGUGACCUCUUCAGUGAGCGAUUUGUGGAGUACUGCUUUGUUUACGUCAGUCAAGCGAUCACAGGCGCCGUGGCUGAUGUGCGCAUGGAUUGUGUACCGACGCUGCCAGUCACAGAAUCGGAGAGUGGCGGAUGGGGUGAAUGGAGUCCUUGGACGCCCUGCUCGAGCACCUGCAUUGGCGGUACGCGAAACCGUUAUCGCUUUUGUGACUCGCCGCCCCCGCGAUACGGAGCCAAGUUUUGCGAGGGUCCAUCUGUAGAGACUGAAAAAUGCGGGACUGGUAUAGGAUCCAGUUGGGAGUGUUUCUAUACAAAUGGCAUAUCAGCCAAUGAUAUCGCCGCUGAAAUUCCUGAAGUGCAAGCGGAAGUUGGCCCCUACUGCAGAUGUGGUUGCAUAGUUCAUCUUGGACACGCCAAACCUCGUCGGCUGCUUGCCACUUCAUCACAAAGCUGUCCAGGGAGGACGUUUUGGUUAAUUCAAGCGGAUGAUGAGUUUGUCAUUCAAUUUAAAGUUGAACAAUUCCAUUUACCUUGUGGUACGCAAUGGUUGAAAGUUCGUGAUGGUCGUGCAUUGUCUUCAACACUAUUGAUUGACCUGGGUAGUGAACCGGAAGCCACACCAUCAAUUGUAAACUCUACAGGUCCGAAUAUUCUGCUGGAGUUUUUUACUGAUGAAGUGUCUACGAGUAGUCAAUUCUGUGGUGGGGGUUUCCUAGCGCAUGCAGAGCAGUUAAGACCAGUUAGAAAUAUGACUAUGGUGGCUCCGGUAGCGCAGGGAAUAGGCCUUCCAAUUUCGGCACUUAAAUUGACAGCUGUUCAUAUUGCUGCGAUUUUCUUCCUUAGUGGACUGUUAAUAGCCACGGCAUUAUUGGGAGCUCAAUAUGCAUUCAGAUAUAGAAAAUAUCACAUUGCACAGGCUGAAGAUCAGGAUUCUCUUGCAGAUAUUUCUGCUUCCAGCGCAAGUUUACCAUUGACAGGUGUCCAUCGUGCGUCUUCUAAUGCAACUUUAUUGUCUGAAGUCAUCUCCCUGACCCGCCUAAGACCCACCAUGAAUAAAAACCGUAAUAAACAUAGUCGCUUACGAGAAUCUGUUGAUUGUUCAAAGGACUAUGAAGAACAGGAAGUCACUUUAGCUGAGGAGGAGACCUUGAGCGCCAGUAGCACGAUGACUCUUACACAUGCCGAGGAUUCCAAACAACAGACCACAACAUUCAGCGAUGUUCCAGACGAAGAUACAACGUGUAGUCUACCCAGCUCACCUCAGUCCUAUGCAGAAGGUACCCUACGACGCUCAUCAACCAUCGUCAGUUCUGAAAAGGACCGCAGCACAGAAAAGAAUGCUCCUGAAGAAACUUCAUGGAAGAUGGAUGCGGAAGCUUGUAGGAGGAGAUUAAGUCACACCAGUACAAUCACGCUGACAAAUGGUUCCUACUCGCCCGCAAAUAGUAUAAUCAGCCGUGCGACCAUCCGCAGCACAAACCCAAAGGAAUCGAAAGAAAAACGCAAUCGAGAGAAACUCCUAGCCGGCCCGGGGUCAGAUUUUUCUCUGUCUGUCGGAGAUGGAGACUUGGAAAUGGAUUAUUACGACUACAACGUUGUCAAUGCAGGUGCCGCACCAGGUUCCUACCUAGGUAUGGAUCCAGCAUUCCUUGUUUGGAUUCCUCCCUUGGAAGAAGGUGAAAUGAUCUUAGAAGAAAACGAGACUCAACAGUAUGUAGAUUCGGGGAGUAAUAAAGAGUCACCGGAAGAAGAAGAACUUCUUCCAAAACGCUUGCGGACAUUGAGUGACGCUCAAGCAAAGGGAACACCACAUUCACCCCUGUUGAAUAAAAAAUAUAAAAAGGUCCAUCCGCUGGUCAUUGUAGACAAUAAGAUCUCAUGCGAAAGUUUGAAUCUACGAGGAUCUUCAGAGGAUAAUGUCAAUCAUAAAAUUGUAUCCAUACAAAUGCAUGAUUUUUCCACAAAGAGAAUAAUAGGAUCUCCUGUCAAAGUGCACAGGGAGAAAGAAACAGUCAUAGAAAAGUUGUCUCCGCCAGGAAAAGAUGAAAAUCUCGAUGAGAUACGUUUCGCUGAUGAAGAAGAUGAAGAAAUCGUGGAGAUAUUCCAAAAUAAAGAGAAACAAAGUGUGGAUAGUGACUUAAAACGAACUCAGCCAAAUAACGCCGAGGAGUGCAAUAACUUAUCAUAUCACGACGUGAACGUGCUAUCAACCACAGCGAGUUGAUUGACGACGCAGUUUCAUUGAGGUAUUAUACGCGGCAUUAUCUUAAUUUAAAUGACGAAUGUAUUAGGUGCUGUCCUGGGUAUUAUAUGGAAUGACUGAACGUGGUAACAUAUAAUUGUUUUGCUUGAAUGCUAGACUGAAAUUUCAUUAAUUACGUCCGAUCGUUUAAGUUUGGAUUGCAUCUUACGAGCUUUUGAUUGUAUUGUAAUAUUAUCAACGUAUUAUUGUUAAUAAGGACGUUAUCAUGAGCUCUCUUAAAGUACUAAGCACUUAUAUAUGAAUAAUCUAUUUACAUAAGAGAUGGACUUGUAUUGUUAUUGAGGCGACAGUGAGCAGUGUGUGGAGAGAAAAAACAAUCAUGUUCUAGUCUAAUCUAGUCAUUAACUUUUAAGUAUACUAUAUUAUUUAUUUGACGAUAAAUGAAUGUAAAAAUGUACAUUAUAAUUGUGUUAUUUUAAUAAAAUGACUUAAUAACA